AUGCUCAGGGCUGCCUUUCAAAGUUUGAAGUCAAAAUUUGGCAGAAAAGUAACGUUGGAUAGCUCAACGAUCGAUGUUUCUCAGUUCAAGGUGGUGCAAGAGGGUGAUGCUAAGAUAUUAUUUCCUAACAAGGAAACUGUGUUCUAUAAUCCAAUCCAGCAGUUCAAUAGAGAUUUGAGUGUCACUUGUAUCAAAGCAUGGGAUGAACUGUAUCAAGAGGAACAACGUGAAAGCCGUGAACUGAAGAGCAAGAACAAGAAAAGGAAACCCAUAGAGAGCAAUGAAGAUGGUUCCGAUUACGAUACUAUCAAAAGGCGUAAAUUAAACGAAGAUCAAGACUCUGUAGCUGUGUCUUCAAAAGAUCAUUCUACCAGGCCGUACAUCAAAAUUUUGGAAGCAUUGAGUGCAACCGGGCUACGUGCUAUAAGAUAUUCUAAGGAGGUUCCUAAUGUGAAGACUAUUGUAGCCAACGAUUUACUACCAGAGGCAGUGGAAUCCAUAAAGAGAAAUGUCAUCUAUAAUGAGGUCUCGGAUAAAGUUGUACCCAAUUUGGAUGAUGCAAAUGUGCUGAUGUACAGAAACAAAAGCAAAAAUGAGAAAUACCAUGUAAUUGAUUUGGAUCCAUAUGGUACCGUUACUCCUUUCGUCGAUGCAUCAAUGCAAUCCAUCGAAGAUGGUGGAUUGAUGCUGGUUACAUGUACAGAUCUAUCGGUCUUGGCUGGUAACGGAUACCCCGAAAAAUGUUUUGCAUUGUACAGUGGUGUUAAUAUGGCAGGUCACGAUGCUACUCAUGAAAGUGCAUUGAGGCUAGUUUUAAACCUUUUAGGACAAUCAGCUGCAAAGUAUAAAAAGACUAUUGAACCACUUCUUUCGUUAAGUAUCGAUUUCUACGUCAGAGUUUUCAUUAGAGUCAAAACAAGCCCAAUUGAAGUCAAAAACUUGCAGUCGAAUACCAUGGUCGGAUAUAUGUGUUCUGGCUGUAAUGCUUACCACACACAGCCUCUAGGCAGACAACAAGAAAGGACAACUAAGAAGGGGGUCAAAUUCACCAAAUUCUCCUUGGCACAAGGUCCACCAGUUGAUAGGAAUUGUUCAUACUGCGGGAGCGUCCAUCACAUCGUUGGGCCAAUGUACGGCGGUCCAUUGCAUAACAAAAAAUUCAUUGAUCGUGUAUUGAGAAUUAAUAAAGAAGAACAUAAGGAUGAUAUUUAUGGUACGAGAAAGAGAAUCGAAGGUAUGUUGACUUUAGCCAAGAAUGAGAUAGCUGCUCCUUUCUAUUUCACACCAAACUCGGUGUCCUCAGUCUUGAAAUUCCAAGUGCCAACUUUAAAGGCAGUUGUCGCAGGACUAGGAUCGCUAGGGUUUGAAUGUUCUUUGACACAUGCAAAGGCAUCAAGUUUGAAGACCGAUGCCAGCUGGGAUGCCAUUUGGUAUGUGAUGAAGAAGUAUUGCAUAGAUAACAAUCUUGUCAAUAUAGAGAAGAUGAAUAAGAAUGGAAACGGGUACAAGAUUUUGACCAAUGAUACCAUCGGACAAACUGAAGACUGGGAUAAAAAGAUAUCCUUCGAACCUAAUGAAUACAGUGGUAGGUUUGAAAAGCUAAGGAAGCUAAAAAUUGUAAGAUACCAAGAAAAUCCUACCAAAAACUGGGGACCAAAGGCUAGACCACAGUAG